UUGCUUUUCUUCUCGCCCGACAUUUUUCCCAAAAAAAGUUAUAUUCGAGCCAUUUAUUCUUCAGGCAAAGACUUUCAAAUCUAUACUCUAUAGCGUACACCUGCGCAGGCCACAGAGAGGAAGAAGACUGGUAGAAGCAGAAGCAGAUGCGGAAGCUAGCAAUCUAAAUCCUUCAACGAUCAUCUCCAACUAUAGCUAUAUCUUCAAGAUCUCCAUCAUCCAGUAAUGAGUGAAUUGGAAACCAAGUCUUCUGUUCGUCAGCUGUCCGACGAUGCUGACAUCUAUAUAGAUAUCAAAAAUGAUAAUGACAAUGGCGAAUGCUUUGAACCACAGGGUAAUAGGAGAUAGCUUGACUGAAUCAGAGGAUGCCCUCGGCAUUGGUGAUGAUCAAGAAAAGAAGCAAAACGGGAAGGGUGGCUCCAAUAUUCAAAGGGAUAAAGCCCUGGAAAGGAUUUUUCUGAUCACAAAUUUUGCUGUGGAGCUUCCAUCAGCUGUUUUUGAUCAGCUAUCCUCAGUGCACAAACCCCAAUAUGCUCUAAUUGGCAUGAUCAUGUCUUUCACAGUGAUGCUCAUCUCCAUUAUUGAUCUUGCUCGUAUGGGGUCGAAGAGAAAGAGUUAAAUGGAGGAGGAGAGGCAAGAUCAUACCUUGGUUUUACUCCCCAUAUCCAAGUUACAAGCCUCUGGGGACAUUUGUUGAUAUUGUUGGAUUAGUUUGUGGCAUCUUCCAAUGUGCUUCUGCAGCAAUUGCUUAUGCCUUUUUGUCUCAGAAAGCUGAUAGUCCUAUCAAAAUUUCAGUUUGGCCAUUAAUCUUUGCCUUUGCUGUAUUGUGUUCUAGAUUUCCAAGGAAUCCUCGUCCAAAAUCAGCCCUUCGGCGCCUAGAAACUGCUCAUCCUUUCUGGUGAGGACUGCAACCUUCUGAUUACCCAUCGCCGUCUUAUGAAACUCCAUUACUCUUCCAAGAUAAGAAUUAUUACAGGGACUUGUCUGAGAUUGCUGAGCAGGCCAAGAGGCGUGCAGAAGUAGCAAGGUUAAGGGAGCUUCA